AUGUCCUUCACGGCGCUCAUGCAGGAGUCCAUUCCGCAUAUCAUCACUUCCCUGCUUACUCACGUUCUCGCGACGGGCUGGGCUGGCUUCCAAAUCUACCACACGAACGACUUCAGGAUGACCUUCAACCGGGUGAUCACCAAUGGCGCUUGCAACGGCGCACCGCUGCUGUUGCACUACUGGCAGGAUCGCGCCAAGAUGGAGUUCCCUAGCUUGGCGCUGAACGGCGUUGCCCUCAUCAUUUCGGGUAUUCUGACCUGGAAGUUGAUAAAGCUCUAUGGCUGGCAGACAUUCAAGCGCGUCGGCGCGUCGAUGCAAAUCAACCGCAUUUACCGUUGCGUGCUAGUUCUGUGCAUUACCAUCCAGCUCGCCCUGUUCUUCAUGGCGGCUGCUGUUGGUUUGUGGAUCGACCAGCUCUUCAAUGGCGUCGCUGGUCAAGUCGCCUGGCACAACACGGCAUGGAAAGCUGCAUUUAUUGCUGUUCUCGUGCUUCUCUUGCCAUGGUUGGCCACUGGCUGGGUUUCUGCUCGUCGUGAGCUGCGCUGGCCCAUGGUCGCGUUCGUGGUCGUUGCCGCGCUGUACCUUACCGGGUUCGGCGUCAUGUUCGUCUCGCGGUCCUUCCGUUGGACCUUCCAGGAUUGGACGCUCUUUGCCGUCAUUGCUGCCAUCUCGGUCGCGUUGGCGCUGAUGGCGUUCAUCCUCGGGAUAGUCUGUCGCUGCAACUUUGGCAAGGGGUUGCUUCGCUACCUCCAAGCCGAGCAGCCGCUGCCUGGCGAGAGCUACGGCGAGCGCAACGACGUCGAGAAGGUCUCCUUCCCGUCCAACGCCCAGCCGGUCCCGACCUACUCCGCCACAUUCGGCAAGAACGAGCAGGUGCCUGUGCCCACGCAGAUGUUCCCCGCUGCAGGCAGGCGCAUGGGCCCGCGCUUCUUCAGCCAGUCCGAGCCGUUCGACAGCGCAUCCUCACAGUGGAACGGCAGCUCCGAGGGCACUGUCUACUCCGGCGCCGGAAGCAUCUACAAAGGCCUCAGCCCGAACAUGGGUGUCUACCCGGAGAGCGGCGGCAUGUACCGGGGAAGCGUGAGCACGUACCAGAGCAGCGGCGGGCACGCGAGCCCACCGAUGUACGGGAGCAGCGCAAGCUCAGCGUACGGUGCCAGCAGCAAUGCGAGCACGUCGCCGAUGUUUCCGCCAUUGGCGCGUAUCGAUUCCCGGGGUUCGCACAGGAGUUACAAGAGCACGAGCAGCACGAAGAGCUCGAACUCGAGGAAGGAGAGAUGGGUUAUUGACUGA